ACUGUCAGUAUUCAACUUCCUUCUAAAACUCUAGUUUAGCAAUCUUUGUUUUUAAUAAACAAUUUAUUUUUUUAACUAGUAGUAUUUGGAAAAGAAUACUCUUUCUAAGCUGUUAGGUCACUAUAGAAAGAAAACAAAAGAAGAUAUAUGAAUUAUGAUUAAUAUUUAAUUAAUAAUAGAAUCAUAAAAAGAACACUAUGGAUACAGACGAAGAAACUUAUAUAUUAGAAUCUGACAAACAGCGUUUGAAUAGUCGAUUGGUGUUUGCAUUUUUUUCUUGCGUAAUUGGAAGUUCCUUUGUCUUUGGAGUUCAUACAGGAGUCGUAAAUUUACCACAAACGAAAAUCGAACAAUUUCUCAAUGAAACAGAACUUCAUAGAACUGGCCAUCACAUGACGCAAUCGAAAAUUACUCUGCUAUGGGCUCUAAUUGUAUCGAUAUGGGCUAUUGGAGGUAUGAUAGGUGGAGUAAAUGCCGGUUAUUUUGCUGAUAAACUAGGAAGAAAAAAGGGUUUACUAUUAAACAAUAUUCUCACAUUUCUGGCGGUGAUUCUUUUCGGUUUUAGUAAAUUGGCACUUUCUUAUGAGAUGCUUAUAGUUGGUAGAUUUAUUGCUGGAAUACAAUGCGGUAUUAGCACAGGAAUUGCUCCACUUUACCUAUCCGAAGUUGCACCUUUGAAGUUGAGAGGAGCAGCUGGUACUCUGAAUCAAUUAGCUAUUGUUUUCGGAGUUUUAAUAUCACAAAUAAUAGGAAUGGACUUUAUCUUGGGAACAGACAAACUGUGGCCAAUAUUGUUGAGCUUUCCCGUUAUUGCGGCUAUAUUACAAUUGUUGACAUUCUCUCUUUGUCCAGAGAGUCCUAAGUACCUCUACAUUAAUAAGAAUGAUCGUUAUGCAGCUAUAAGAGCUCUACAAUGGCUAAGAAGUGGAGAUAGCUUCGAGGAAGAACUUCAAGACAUGCAAAUUCAAGGAGAAAGCUGUGAAAAUACGGAAAAAAUGUCUAUUUGCGGAAUUUUCACAACUAAAUGGUUAAGAAGACCUAUCUUUAUAAGUAUAAUUAUGCAAUUAUCUCAACAACUUUCCGGCAUUAAUGCUGUCAUUUAUUAUUCUACACAAAUAUUUAGAAAAACAGCCCAUCUUACUCAAACGGCUUCACAAUUCGCAAGCAUUGGAGUUUCGGUUGUAAAUUUUAUCAUAACUGCCAUUUCAGCUUCAUUAGUAGAUAAAGCUGGAAGAAGAUAUUUGCAUUUAUUAGGCUUGGGUGGAAUGUUUUGCGCUGCUUGCGCCCUAACGACAUCGUUCCUUUGGGAGGUAAAUGAUAAAUACAUUUUAAUAUUGUCUACUGUAAAUAUUGAAUAAUAUACAUUUAUUGUUCCUCAAUUAAACUUAACAGGUUCAUUGGCAUUUCAUGUCAUAUAUAGCAAUCGUUGCUACCGUGAUAUUUGUAUGUUCUUUUGCAAUUGGACCAGGUAUAAAAUAUAAAAUAAAGAGAAAAACAUAACAUAUAAGAUUGAUUAAUAAGCAAUGAAAAUAGCUCAUAUACAACAACAUUAAUAGUAACGAAUUAGAAAAUAUUUCAUUAAUCUCUAUUAAUUUUACGAAUCUUUCAUAAUAAUAGAGUUUAAUCAGGCAUUAUGUUUAUAGCAAUGUUUUGAUUAUUAAACUUAAGUUUAUCAAUUAAUUUAUCUAUUAUUAAAAUAUAUUUAAAAGCAAUGUAUCAAUUUAUUUUUCUUAAAGGUUCUAUCCCAUGGUUUAUUGUUGCUGAAAUGUUUUCUCAAAAUACAAGGCCAGCGGCAGUGAGUAUUGCAGUUCUAACAAAUUGGUUUGCAAAUUUUCUGGUUGGAUUAUGCUAUCCAUUGAUUCAAGAUGAGAUAAAAGUUUACAGUUUUGUUCCAUUUAUCGUAUUUCUUGGUUGCUUGUGGAUAGUUAUUUAUUUCGUUCUACCUGAAACAAAAGGAAAGACAAUUGAUGAAAUUUCUAAUUAUUUUCGAAUUAUGUCAAAUGGUAGCGGAUUACUAUCGACUACUGAAGAGGAGUGAGUGAAGGACAAUCUCUCUCAACUUGAUUAGUUUUUUAUAGAUAUAUUAAUCUUUCUAACGUAUACACAUAUAUUACUUGAAAUUAAUUAUUUAGACAUUGUCAAUCAUUUUAUUAUUAAUAAUAAACAUUUAUUAUUCAUGCUUUUAUAUGUAUAUCCUGUAUUUUCGUACAUAUAAUAUAUCCAAUCUUUUUUUUCUA